UUGCAGCUAAAUAUAGCCAGCUGUAUCUAAGGCCUUAUAAGGAAGACCAAUCGUUGUAUUAUUCAUAACUAAAUGAGACUGUUCCGUGUGCAACAGCUAGCAGUAUUGAGGUUGGGAGCGGUAGCCAUCAAGGAGUGGGACGACUGAGGUGGACACAGAUCUCUUCGCCGCGUGGAUCAUAGGCCGGAACAAUAAUGUCUGGUAUCAGACUGGACGACGAAACUCAGGAACUAAUCAAAAACGAUGUCAAGGGACAUGUUUACAAAUAUGUUACUUUCAGAAUUAAUGAUGAAAAAACAAAAAUCUGCAUAGAUGAGAUGAAGCUGAUGUCUGACUUGCCGGACGGCAGCAGAACCAUAGCGAGAGACCAUGAAGAGUUUAGGAAACUGGGCGAGAUCAUGCCACAGGACAACAUGCGAUACAUCAUGUACACUUACGUUGAUUGUCAGCUUAACUACCAGAGGUGCUUCAUUAAAUGGUUGGGAACUGAUUCACCAGUGAAAAUGAAGAUGAUAUACGCAUCAUCAGAGGCCGUCAUAAGGGAGAAAUUAGGUAUAAAACAGAAACUGUUGGUUGAGGAUGAAUUCCGAUUUCCGGACGAACUAUUAAAAGAGCAAGAGCAAAAAGCAUCAAAAUAAGGCAACUGUGACCGAACAUGCUUAAUUCUCCUAUGCGUUCCUCGGUUUUAAGUAAGUGGAAUGACAUUAGUAGACUUUAGAUGGUCAGCCUCAACACUGCUAAUAGUUGACAUUGCAUGGUCUGAUGACGGACAACGUUCCCCCCACGAGAUGCUCGGAUGAAGACAGAGAAUAUGUUGACUAUGCAUGCUGACCAAUGUUUUCGCUUAUUUUCGAUUUCCUCAGUAAAAUCAGGCUCACAGUAUAACAUUGAGGCCUUUAAUAUCAGUGGUCCUUGUGAACAAGCAACGUAAACUGUGAAUACAGUUCAGUCCCAAAGGUCUUCAUUAGCUAUGACUGUCAGUAAAGCUUUUCAAAUCUUAUGAUAACUGCAUGUGAAUAAAAAUACCAUUAUUUCAUCAAUUUGGGGAUCUGUCAAUGUUUGACACAAUAACAGACGUAAAGACAACUUAUCAUUCUCACGAUUUUGCAAUAAAGACAUUUCUCAAUUC